AACCCAGUCAGUUGCAUGACUCACCACACAGAACCUCAACAGGUCGGGGAAUUCCUUCAACUGAGGCACUUUCACUUUCUCUACUGUGCCUGGUUGUUGUUGUGUUCAAGACACGGAGGCAAAGCUGAAGAACCUUCGGCAGCAAAAGACCCAGAAGUGGAACCGCCGGACAAGAGUCAGGCUGUGCACAAUAACCAGAUGUCCAACCAAAAUAACGUAGCGACGCUGGUUCUGCAGCUGCCCAGAGACGCCAAAAAGGAGGCAAAGGCGAGGCUGGAUGGGCUGGGCCAGGACCUGGUGGACAAGAUAAAAGAGGAGCAUGGCUUUGAAUGCAUCACUCUGAUCUGCAAAGGAAAGAUUCUGAGUCCAGACAAGCGUCUGGAUGAACAGGGUGUGAAGAACAAAAGUAGGAUCAUGGUGAAGGUCACUGACAGCAAGCUGAUACAAGACAUGCAAAAACAGGAAGAGGACAAAAGAAACAAGGAGGAAGAAGAAAAAACACAGAAGAAGAGGCUUCACAGAGCCCAGAAAGGCUUGCAGAUCCUGUGUGAGAGAGACGGCAGUAGAGACCCAUGGACCCCCUACCUGGAAAUCGCUGACCAGAGGGGAAACUCGCUGGUGAUCCCAGACAAGGAGAGGAAGGCUCUGAUUCUGGCCAUGGGCUUCCAUGAGAAAGGCCGUUCUCUGAUGAAGAUGAAACAGUACAAACACGCCGUGCGUCACCUGCAGAGGGCCGACGAGGAGUUCAGAAAGUGUGACCCGAGCAUUCGGACAGCUGUUGAUAACUUCGCCGUCCUGCAGCUGGACAUUGUGUGGUGUCACCAGGCCCUGAAGGAUCUGUCCAGUCUGGACGACGCCAGGAGCCGCCUGCAGACGGCUGAGAAGUGUUUCGAGGACUGCUAUGGAAAAGACCAGGAGAGGCUGCGCAUGAUCAAGGGUGACGCAGGCAUAGAGCAGGUGCAGGUGCUGUUCCUGCGGUUGUAUCUCCUCCAGAGUCUCCUGUUCCACCUGGAAAAGAAUAAACCUCAGGCCGCAGACAAAUUGUCCAGAGUGGAGUCUCUGUACAGCCGCCUGGUUCCGGACACAGACAAAAUCAAUCAGCUGAUGGCUCUGUGUUUCACCGAGAGAGAAGCUCGACUGGCCCUCAGAGCCUGCCAGGGAGACCUGCAGGAGGCCGUCAAACACAUCAUCAACCGCAGACAGGAACAGGAGGAGGUGAAGAAAACAGAGCGACAGAAGAGGAGGAUGAUGAUGGACAUGUGGGAGAGGACGCACUUCAAAAGACAUGCCGCCGGAUCGCAGACAAACACAGCUUCUGGACUGCUGCUAAACCACAGUGCCCUGCCUCUGUUCCCACCCUUAAACUCACCCGAGGAGUCGUCCAGCUCCACCAACUCUGAAGAGGAGGACGACAUGGUGAGCGAUGUGUUAAAGGACAUCUCUCGCCACGAGGAGGAUUAUCUGGACGUGACACUGGAGGAGGAGGUGGAGUUCAUCAAGCAGAUGAAGGCCUACCUUAACGGAGAUGGUGAUGGUUCACAAGGGACGCAAUGAGCGUAGCUUUGACUUAUUUCUGUUAUAAAGAAGACUUGAGAAAAACUCACCUCAGAAAUAAUCAGGUUUAGUUUUUAUAAUCACCAAAGAAUCUUAAUGAUUAAUUUAUAUUUCAUGUUAUUUGUAGUUAGUCAUAAUGAUUCAACUAAAAUAGGUUCAAAUAAGGUUCAUUCAUCAUUUAUAAAAAUUCACUGACUGCUGCUCAAGCAGAACGUUUAUUCAUUGAAGUGUGAAUGUAUUUUAAACUAAAUGUACUGUAUAUUUGUCUGUUGACUUUAGGUUCUCUACGUAUUCUUCUCUAAAUGAAAUCCACUAAUCAUCACUGCCUGUCUUCUGCUUUCAUUCUCUGGAGCCUUUCGCAUUUCUUUUGAGCUGAAUGAUGCUCUGACCGACCCUCUGGUUUCCUACUGCUGGUUGAGUCCAUCGUCUUUGUGUUCUUUUUUAGUUUGAUGUAUUGACCCAGAGGGCAAUCAGACACAUGCCUCUGUGCAGCACAGUGUGUACACACGUGUUAUGUUGAUGUAGCCAUUCUUAUAAUAACACAGAAUCAAUUUUACAAUACCAACAAUACAAAAUAUCUGUCAUAGAUAAAAGUGGGAAAGUAGACAAAAUAAAGCGAGUCUUGAUAAUACAAAA